CGCGAAGGAUAGCGCGUCUUGGAUAAAAAGACGUGAUACCGUCUUUUCUUCUCCACUGCAAUUCUAUAUAUUCCCGAAAUUUCUUUGGUCGAAACAUAGUUCAAAAAUUCAUAACAAUUCUAUACCUGUUCUUGUUGCUUUCGAGUUUUAUCCGAUUGAAUUUUAAAUUAAACAAUUAAAAUAUUCAAUCUAGAUUGAUCCAGGUUAUGGUUAUUAUCCCAAACACCCUGCAACCCAAAGGCUUCCAGAAAUCCACUUUUCUCUACCGCAAGCAUAUCGACCCGAUCUUCCAUGGCGAUAACAAAACUCGCAGUUGCCCUGCUCCUCUUCGCUCUCUGCGUCUUCCUUCCUUCAAUUUCAGCCGAGUCCAAGAAAUGAAAGAAAUUAUGAUGUGUGAAGGUCAGUGGAGUCGACAUCUCACCUUAUCCUGUGCAAAGAGGCAAAAAUGCAACCUUUAGCAUUUCUGCUGUAACAGAUAAAAGCAUAUCCAAUGGAAAGUUGGUUAUAGAUGUGAAGUACUUCGGUUGGGACAUCCAUAGCGAGACACACGACCUUUGUUCGGAGACAUCUUGCCCUGUCCCCGCUGGUUCGUUUGUGGUAUCACACUCUCAAGUACUUCCGGGGAUAACUCCCCCUGGCAGUUUCACUCUUAAGAUGUCAAUGGUGGAUGAAGAGAAGCAUGAGUUGACAUGUAUCACCUUUGACUUUACCAUUGGAUUUGGGUUUGUUGCAGAGUCCUAAGCCAUUAGCAGUUGCUUAUCCCCCCCCCCCCUUGGAACUCCAUGUCCUUGCCAUUUCAGUCCACUUACUUUUGUAAAUGAAUUGCCUAUCUUGUC